GAGAACUAUUGAGAACUAUUUUGAUCGCCGGUUGUACGCGAGCAGCGAAGCUUCGCGUACUUACACUUGUUUCUAACAAUCAGCUGACUUCCGGAACUAAUACGGGAGACGAUUAACCCUAACAAUCAAGGACUGACACGUUCGGUUUUUUUUACCGCAGGCUCGUUUGAGAAUAAACUAAUGUUAAGUAUCGCCUAAUCGUGAAACUGUUGGAAAAGAAUUGAAGGUAAUAUGAAUUCACAAGAAGGCACAAGCAAUAAUCAGAACAAAGCUGAAACAAGACUGGAUGGACAUUUGAAAAAUGGUAAUCAACCUAUUGAAAGUAGACUAUGUGGAGAUCAACUAAAAUUCAAUAAUAAGCUGAGUGAGAACAGUGCCAAGAACCUUUUGUCUUCUAAACUUUCAGUCACAUUGGCUAAUGGUACAAGAUCUAUACAGGUUGCCACAUCCAGUUUCAAUAAUUCUAUGGACCGAGAUACAAAUCAAGAGAUGGUGAAUGCAAGUGUAUCUUCCAUAUUUUUAAAUACAAACAAUAUCAAGCCUCAGACUGCAAAUACUACUGUUACAAGUCAAUUGAAACAUAAAACCAUAAUGAAUACAAGCUCUUUAAAUUUGCCUAAGCCUCAGAUGCACUUAAAUUUAUCUUCCAAUCAAAGUAACUCACAUUUGAAUCAAAGUUUUGUACCGGUUUCUUAUAAUGCUGGCACUGCAUCGAAUCCUAUUUUGCAUUUAAAUAACUCGGCGCCUGUUUCAUCUACAAUACAAUCAAACUUAUUGAUGCCUAGACCAAAUGAAGACAUUGACAUGAAGAAUAAUGUUGAUUAUAUUUCUGGGAUUGAAAAAUGUCCAUCAAAAGUAUCGUGCAGUUCAGAUUCUAGUCCUGAAGUGGACAGUGCCUGGCCAUCUAGGUCUUAUGUUUCUAAGUGUGUAUUGAAUAAUAUAGGAGGUAGCAUUGGUUCCACGAGUCAAGGAACAUGUUGUUUCCUACGACCUAAUAUUAAUGGAAAUAGGGAAGUAGCAGGACCGAGUGGGUUGCAAAAGCAAGUCACACAAAGAGAGCAAAUCGAGAGGAGAGAUUCAAGUUCUGGAAAUGAGGGUGAUAUGUCAGAUGGAGAAGAUUAUUGUAUUUAUACAUACAAGGGAAACGACGAUGCAGUUCAUUUAGUUCAAAAGGAAGAGAUGAAUCAGAGACAAUUAGAAGAAGGUGAAGGACAAUAUCAUAGCGGUAGAUCUAGUCCAGAGAUGGACUUUUUGGAAAUGGACUUUGAUCCUGGACCUUCUUGUGAGCAGGACACAGGAGACAGUGACCUGGCCUCUAUAAACGAAGAUAUACAGAAUAUAGCGUUAGAUAAUGUAGAGCCGGAUCCAGUAUUAAAUGAUUUAAGUAGCGGUAAGGUUGUAUCUCGACAAGGAAUUGCAUCAACGUCACAACAUCCGAAUCAGUGUGUGCAAAAUGUGAACCACUCCGAACCGCAGCAGUGUUCUACUAACCAGUCCACACCGGAACCAAGUGUGAAACCAAGUUAUUCCUCGUCAUGGAUGCCAAGUACUAGCGGUGCUACCGAAAAAUGGGACACUGGCGGAUUAUAUCGUAAUACAGUUUGUCCUUUACGAGAAUCAUAUGGAUAUCACAAUACAAGUGGAGAUCUUAUCUCACCCGGUGAUAAUAGAGAUUCAGAAUCAGAGUUGUGGGCUGAAUCAUCAAUGGCUUCUGUUUCAGAAAGUUCCAAUUUAAAUUCUGGGAGAGUGAAUCUCAGUUCAACUCUUUACCACCGUAUGAUGGCAAAAAAAUUGAUGCUCAAUAAACAGGCUGCAUUCAAUCAGAGUGGCGAAUCGAAUCUAGAAAAUGAAUUAUGCAAUGAACGAUUAGAUGGUCUUUUACCGGUUGAAAAAGUUAUGUUAUGGAGCGAAAAGGAAGCUACAGAGAAACAAGUUACACAAAUUGAAACUUCUGCAUGUGGUGCUACUUCUGCAAUUAAUGCUUUGUUGGCUCUAAACGUAUCGUUUUCACUGGAGGCAUUACUAAAUGGUGUGAAUACCAGACAAAGAGAACCAGGCACACCGUUACCCAGAUAUUUAUACAGUCGUUCCGUGGCAGGGUCAACGCAUAAAGAUUUAGCACGAGGCAUAGCUUUGUGUACAAAUGGAUCAGUUGUAACAAAAUUUUUUGCAUUUUAUCCGGAAAGGAAAAUCUCCUUGUCUCAUUGGUUGCAUUAUUGGAUUUCACGAGGAGCUGCUCCCAUUGCAACAUUAAAUUUACAACACUGUGGAGAAGGAUGCGGUAUUCCGGACGCGUGGCAUCAUCAAAUGAUAUUUGGUGUAGGACGAGCAGGAAUAUAUUUAACAAAUCCAUUAGAAUGUUUACCCGAGCAGUACGUUUGGCAUCAACUUGUGAGUCCUAGUAUUUUGCUGGUAAGGAGAGCAGAUGUUUUAGCUCAUUGGAACGCCAAUACGGAUCUAACACCACUCACUACUAUGGAUCAAAAGUGGCGGAAGCUCAAUGUUUUCGGACAAGUUGUAAAUAUGGUACGAGAAGCAAUGACUCAGAAAGGACAGCUUAAUAAUGCGAGUACCGGUACAACUCACAUUCGUAUUCCUGCAUCUUACCAAGCGGGUAUUACAUUAGUUAUGUGUGCAGAUUCUGCUGCUGCUUCCGAAUUGUUACAUGCUGAACAAUUACCAUUACUCUAGUCUUGUUAAUCAAAAUUCAUAGAAUCCAGGCUGCCCUCCCAUUUUUAUUUGUAAUAAAUUUAAUUAGCAGGCUGGUCCGCACAAUGUUGUUUACAAUAGUUCAUUUACUAUAUAAGGCAGUUAAGAGUCAGAAUUGAAAUGAUUUACUUUUUUGACACAAAA